UGUUUGUGCUGCCUGCAGAAUACUAGUUUGUCUUUCAAAACAAUAUGGUCCAAAUUCUCAGACAUAGGUUAGAAAUGUAACGAACUAACUUGCUUUGUUUGUACUAGCUAGUCUUCUCAUGUGAACUGCAUACUUUAGAUGUAGCUAGCUUAGAAAAAUCAUGAUUUAGUUUGCAUUAAACAAAGCUGCUUGCUAGCUGAUUAACUUUCUACCGAUCAGGUUUAACUAUAGUAGCGAGUUGUAGAUUGUACGGAACUGUAUGGCUAGCUAUGCGCUUGGCUUUUGCUAUUAAAAGCAACGACAGCUACAAAAGUUGUACUUUGACUGGUAAAUUCCGUUGUCUUGACAUGGCAAGCAACGCGAGGUAGCAUUGCAGAGUACGGCUCGACGUUGGACUAAAUUUACGUCACCCCUGUGGACCUGUCUGUGAUGAUCCCACAAGCCAGGUGUGUGAUGGGCUCCUGGCAGCCAGUUGCUAAUCUAAGGGACUAUGUUUCCCAGCAUCCUCCUGGGGUCACCUUCUUCCUCUGUGUGCUGACCCUUGCCCUCACCUUCCUAAGCCUCGGGUCAUACACGCACACACACCGCCUGCCCAAUCCAGACACGCAGGACUGGAACCAGUUCCUGUCGUCGUUGGCCAACCUCCAGUUGUGUGCGAGAGCCAAUGGUACAGCAAUGGAGACGGUUUCCUCUCCUCCAUUUGCGAAAGAGGAGGUAUGUGGAACAGUAUUGCUGAACUCCACCCAGAGCCCACCAUCCAUCACACAGUUGUCCCUUUGGGUGCCACUGGCUGUGAUGGACAGCUCAGACAUCCAAUCCCUGAGCGACCUCUGCCUCCAUGGAACGUUAUUGGCCAGUCAGCUGGGACUCACAGGUAACGAGGCUGUAAACGUGACACUGAUGUUCUCCUCUCCAUCUGUGGGGGGCAACUCGCACGCCUGCCUUAGCGUCAGCGCACCUACACACAUCCUACCUCCGGCCCUGCUGCCACCUAUGUGCCCUGCCAAUGAAGGGACAUCCUCUCCUGUCAGAGCGAUUGCAAUGGAGAUAAGCAGCCAGAAGCCCUCAGCGUCACAGUCUUGCUACAGUCUACAGUACACACCUGAUCCUACACUCACCGCCAUGCUAACACAGGAGGAGCUGGGCCUGGCGAGUAGGCAUCUGAUCCAGGUGAGUGUGUGUCUACUGGGGGUGUGUGUGCUGCUCUGCUUCUCCGCCAGUCUCACACACUCACACGUACGGCGUUACCACAGCAACGGCCUGGAACUGCAAAGGGAGCCACUGAUUGACUCCUGAACCAGUCUCCACCACACCAUGCAGCUAGUACCCAGUAGAGAAGGAAGAAAGAGGGAGGAUGGUUCAAAUAAAGGACUCUUUCUGAGAGAGUGCUGCUUCUGCUGUUGGGAUCAGAGUUUGAUGGAGCAUCUCAUUUUCAACUGCUUAGCUGCUGUUGUUGAUCUCAAACCAUGCUCUGUCCACAAACAUUGCCCUCUGGUCGACGUUUGAUAUUCUACCCUGUCAUGUUAUGACUGCAGGGCGAAUGGGCACGUUAUUAAAUAUUUACAUUUUAUUUAAACACGUUGCCACAUCCUAAGGUGGUUUUAUUCUGCUCAGGCCUCUUGGCACUUCCAUCCAUCUGAGCCGCCUGCAGCUGUUCAUCCCAGUCCAGCUCCUCUCUCUGGAGUGUCCUCCCCACCACUGUCAACAAAAGUUGGAGUCACUGCCCAUCUUCUGCAGCAGGCUGAAAAACCAUCUCUUCAUACUGCACCUUGAUUCCAGUACUGUCUUCUCCAUCUUAUCACUUCUCCUACAAAGUUCACUUGUGGUGCAAACUUGUAUUGAAUCUUGCACAGUUUAUUAGUUUAAUAAAUUAUGGCACUUUUUGUACAUAGUCCCCCCAUUUUAGGGGACCAGAAGUAUUGGGACAAAUUCACUUGUGAACUAAAGUAGUCAAGUUUAGUAUUUGGUCCCAAAUUCCUAGCAUGCAAUGAUUACAUCAAGCUUGUUAUUUUAAUGUCUAAUAGAAAAUAAUGGUAAAUCAUGUAUUGUCAUUUGAUUCACUUAUUGUAAAUAAGAAUAGAAUAUGUUUCUAAACAUUUCUACAUUAAUGUGGAUGCUACCAUGAUUAUGGAUAGUCUUGAAUGAAUCGUGAAUAUCAUACCCCCCACAAAAAAAUGCUAACCUCCCUUGUUAUUGUAAUGGUGAGAGGUUAGCAUGUCUUGGGGGUAUGAUAUUUUGUGCGCAACAAAAAACGCAAAUGCACCCAACAGGUUUCUAGAGUCGCAAGCUUGAUAUAAUCAUUGCGUGCUAGGAAUAUGGGACCAAAUACUAAACUUUUGACUACUUUAAUACACAUAUACAGUAAGUGAAUUUGACUCAAUACCUUUGGUCCCCUAAAAUGGGACUAUGCACAAAAAGUGCUGUAAUUUCCAAACGGUUCACCUGAUAUGGAUGAGAAUACCCUCAAAUUAAAGCUGACAGUCUGCACUUUAACCUCAUAGUCAUUGUAUCGUUUCAAUUCCAAACUGCUUGAGUGCAGAGCCAAAACAAAUAAUUCACUGCCCCAAUACCUUUGGAGCUCACUGUAGAUGCAGAUCUAUCACAAAAUGGUUGGUUUAUGUCAAUGGAAGACUGGAAGAUGUAGGAUUCCAUCAUACAGACACCAUGACCUUAAUGGGUCUGUAGUACUGGACUGAGACCCUGCCAACCUGAUCAUAUUGUUGACCAUGUGGCUAUUGAUCCAUGGAUGGGAUCCCAGCAGUAGAGGUGAACCAUUAUUUUCACCCUAGCUCUUCAAGGUUAGUCACAUAGGGGCCGAUUCAGACUUAGGGAAGGAAUGCCUUUUUUACACAUUUUGAUUUAUGCACUUCAGUAUUUGGUAUUCAGACUUACCUCGUGCACGGUUUGUGGUUGUAGCUCUCUUGCGUGCACUGCAUAAAUAUAAUUCAAUCCCAGAAAACACACCCACUGGGUUGCCAAUGAACUUGAUCAGUUAAAUAUAUAAUUCUGUUAAUUUAUCUAAAGCAGUCUCUUUAAUUUGGACCUGUUUAAUUUCAAUUUGAUUAGCACAACAGAAUAAUCUAUGGAGAAUGCUUUCAGAAUGGAGAUCAAUGAAAUAUAGCCAUUCAAAUGUAUGGAUAUUUAUUUCCUUUUCAGAACCCAUGCUUAGAUUUAAAAACACUGAUAUUUCACAAUGUAUGUUUAGGGAAGUUUUCAUCAGCCCUGAGCUACUUCAUGGAAAAAUAGGGUUUGGGGGGCCUUUACGCAUUGACAGUCAAUACUAGUGGCUAAUAUUUAACAUGACAGAAAUAGGAGGAAACAGAAAGUCGGGGCAUAUAAUUAAAAACUUUUGAGAGUGCCCAAAGGUUAAAUUUGGUGCGACUGUCAUUGUGCAAUGCUUUACAUCAUCAUCACAUGCUCUAGGCUGCAGUACCCAUUUGGUUAUGUCUCCAAGUUUAAUCAAUGCAAGGUAAAAGGCCAUACAAUAAAAUAAAAAAAUGCACAAUGGCACAGCAUUUUAUUCUUCACUGUGGGAAAGGGGUGGAAAUGCUUGUCAUGUUGAUAUGCUUUUUGCAUAUUAAACAUUCUAGUUUGAA